UGUUUGUGUGUGUGUGUCAGAGGGGUGGGAGGGUCUGCCUUGGGCUGCAUAAAAACAGAACUGAGACGGACACUGAGCAUAAAAAAGAGGAGUUAGAAGGAGUAACUUUUAAAAGACGAGGAUAAAUAAAAUCUGCGAUGGCCAACCACAAAGGUUUGAUUGCUCAUGUGGAUCUGAGAAGUCAUGAGAACAACUUGGCCCACCGCACCAGGGAGAUCGACCGGGAGCGCCUGAUCGUCCGCAGGGGUCAACCCUUCGCCAUAACGCUGCAGUGCUCCGACUCCCUGACCCCCAAUCACCACUUGGAAGUGGUGCUGCGCCUUGGUAGGCGAGACGAGCUGGUGAUCACGGUGCAGGAGCAGCGGGAGGCCCGGGACAAGUGGUGGUUCGACCAGCAGCGGGCGCAGGAUGAAAUUGUGCUGACCCUGCACAGUCCGCCGGACGCCGUCGUCGGCCACUAUCGUCUGGCUGUGGUGGCGAAGUCGCCGGUCGGACACGUCGUGGACAAGGCGGACAAGAUGGGAUUCCACCUGCUCUUCAACCCGUGGUGCAAAGAUGAUGUCGUGUACCUCCCUGAUGAAAGGCUGCUCCAGGAGUAUGUUAUGAAUGAAGACGGAGUCAUCUACAUGGGGGCCUCGGACAGCAUCAGAAGCAUUCCCUGGAAUUACGGACAGUUUGAGGACUACGUGAUGGACGUCUGCUUCGAUGUCCUGGACAACUCCAAGGACGCCCUGAAGAACCCGAAGGCGGACACUGAGAACAGAUCCGACCCCGUCUACGUCAGCAGGAUGAUCACCGCGAUGGUGAACUCCAACGGUGACCAGGGUGUGUUGACCGGUCGUUGGGAGGAGCCAUACUCUGGCGGGGUCGCACCGUACCGGUGGACCGGCAGCGUGCCCAUCCUCCAACAGUGGAGCCGGGACGGCGCCAAGGCCGUCAAGUACGGCCAGUGCUGGGUGUUCGCCGGCGUCGCCUGCACAGUGCUGCGCUGCCUGGGAAUCCCAACGCGCACCAUCACCAACUUCUCUUCGGCCCACGAUGUGGAUGGAAACCUCUCUAUAGACAUCCUGCUGAACGACAAGCUGGAGACCGUGGGCAAGAAGGACAGUAGCUGGAACUUCCACGUUUGGGUCGAGUCCUGGAUGAGGAGGGACGAUCUUCCCAAAGGGAACGACGGCUGGCAGGUUUUGGACCCCACACCUCAGGAGCUGAGUGAAGGUGAGUUCUGCUGUGGCCCGUGUCCCGUGGCGGCCAUCAAGGAGGGAGAUCUGGCCAUGAAGUACGACGCUCCGUUCGUCUUCGCCGAGGUGAACGCCGACAUCAUCUACUGGAUGGUCGGACCAGACGGCCAGCGGAAGAAGAUCAACGUGGACCAGAGCGGCGUGGGCAAGAGCAUCAGCACCAAAAGUGUGAACGGCGACUUCAGACAGGACGUCACCCUGCACUACAAGUACCCCGAAGGCUCCACGAAGGAGAGAGAGGUGUACGAGAAGGCGGGACGCCCGGUCGCGGAUUCCACCGACGGCAACGCCGAACCAGGACAGCUGCAGCUGUCAAUCAGGCACGCCAAGGCCGUGUUUGGCACCGACUUCGACGUGAUCGUCGAGGUGCACAACGGAGGAAGCAAAGACGCCAUCGCUCAGCUGACCAUUCUGGCCAUGGCUGUAACUUACAAUUCCUUCACUCGGGGCGAGUGUCAGAGGCAGGCGACCAGUGUGACCGUGCCAGGGCACAAAACCCACAAGGAAGUGCUGCGUCUACGCUACGACGACUACGUCAAGUGUGUCUCGGAGCACCACCUGAUCCGGGUGAGGGCCUUCGCGGUGGUCCCGGGGCAGGACAAACCCGUCAUGACCGUGGCCAACAUCCCGCUGAACAUGCCUGAACUCCUGGUACAGGUACCUGGGAAGGCCGUUGUCCAGGAAAUGGCGACGGCCCACAUCUCCUUCGCCAAUCCUCUACCCGUCCCGCUGAGGGGCGGCGUGUUCACCGUGGAGGGGUCGGGCCUAUUGUCUGCCACUGAGGUCCACGUGAAGGGCGACAUCGCUCCAGGUCAGAAAGUGUCCGUCAUGCUCUCCUUCUCGCCCCGGAGGGUCGGGGUGAGGAAGCUCAUGGUGGACUUUGACUCCGACAGGCUGAAGGAUGUGAAGGGAGUCGCGACUGUGGUUGUCCGCAAGAGACACUUCAUUUCUGGGGUUUAUUAGGGGAGAAAAUGUUCUGAGCCGAUCUCAAAUUGUGAGAUGAUGCGGGAGAGGAGUAGUGGCGGCCGGGGUUUGAAUAGGAUGAAAAUAUAGCAGUGGUAUCAGUGGUAAGUGAACUGUGAAGGCAAAUAGUUGAUUAAUAGUAAAUGAUAGUUUUGACAACAAGUGUAUCAGUAUUAUUUUAAAGCCACUGUGUCUAAUUUUAGCAUUUUCUGUCUCUACAUGAAACAUACGUAAACGCAGGAUAGAUUGUCUUUCAUUUUGUUCAUAGUAUUUCUUUGUGCCAUUUCAUUCUUUGUAUUUCUAUCUUGAGCAAAUUGCUUUGAAAUUAGCUUUUUUCCCUUCUGUCGUCGCUCCCUCCUCCCUGACAACUAAAUGAAAUGAAGACCGUCAGGGGCCUCAGGCUCACAACAUUGAUCUACAUAUUUUCUCAUAAGUGAAAAGUAUCUGAGCAAAUAUGAUCUGUUGAUGUAUGUUCCUGUCUCUCCAUUAUGUCUUUGCACUAUUUCCAAUGCCAUUUUAGCCUAAAUAUGAUGGAAGAAACUACUUAUUU